AUGGAGCAGAUCAUCCGCUGCCUGCAUUCCCCCGAGUGGGAAUACGAUCUCGAGGCUGGUGAACCCGGUUCCCAGCCGCUGAAGGAAUUCAAGCUCUCUUGGGAGGAGUUCAUAGACCACGUGAUCAAGGAAUGGAAGACUCUCAACCUUGUUAGCGCCCUCUUACUCACGGCGAUCCUAACUCUGUUCCAGAUCGAAGUGUCGAACGAACCGGUGACGCAUACUUGUGGGCUAUUGAGCCUCGUCUGUGCGCUCAUGAGCCUCAUAUUCGGGUGCAUGUACAUCAUCCGCUUCUCGACGAUGCGUCCCAUGUCCAAAGCUGCUCGCUGGGCCCAGGCCGCCCAAGCAUCCCAAACCAACCCAAUCUGGAACGUCUGGAUCUUCCUCGCCAUCCCAGCCGUCUUCCUCGCCUGGUCUCUAAUCUUCUUCAUCGCCACCAUCCUAGCAUACACAUGGACGUCCGAUCCCAUCGUCCCACCCGAAUACCUCACUGCCCCCAGCUCGUGGAUCUCGAGAUCCUUCGUCUCCGCCGUGGUGGGACUGGGGGUGCUCGCAUUUUGUGGGGUGAUAAUGACCUUUAAGAGCUACUCGGACGAGGGAACGGUCACUCCGGCACCGUUUGGGAGCCCGUUGGUGAAUGUAGCCAGUCCGAGGAGCUCGAAUGAGCAGGGUCGCGCUCCUGUGGCUGGAGGGGUGGGGGGCACACCGGCCUCGGCGUCGGGGACGAUUACGGGAACUGGAGGAACUGGGGGAACCGGGACUGGGAAUGCGGCCGGUAUGGGUACGCCGAGUAGGACGGGAUUCGCCUUGGGGGAAGAGCGUACGUUGGGCUUGGGACUUACAGGGGUGGUGAGGGGGAACGGACAUGGGCCUGGGCCUGGGAAUGGCAAUGGCAAUAGCAAUGGGGGCGUGGGGGUAGGGAAGCUGACCUGAGGGACUGGUUAUGUUGCAUACAUUCA